AUGCUGCUCUCGCCGCUCCAGGGCGCCCGGGCCGAAGGGCGGGCGACGGGGAAGCCUGCCCCGCUCAACCCCGCCGCCGCCGCCGCUUCACCGCGCUUCCGCGGCCCCCGCCUCGCUUUCUCCCUCGGCGCGAGCUUUCUGGACCCCCCCCCUCCCCCUCCCGCGCGUCUCGGCGAGAGGCGGAAGAAGGCCGGAGCGGUGGCGGCGCUGCCCACAGCGGCCCCUGCCUUCGCGGAGGAGUCCCUGCAAUGCCCGGGAGCAUCUCAGGCAUGUUCCUAUCCUUGCCAGUGUCCCUCACAGGCUGCCCUCUGCCCUCUUGGCAACAGCCUUUUGCUAGAUGACUGUGGUUGCUGCAGGGUGUGUUCCUGGCAGCUUGGGGAGCUGUGCUCGUGGCAAGACCCCCGUGAUCACCACAAAGGACUCCACUGUGACUUUUCCCAAACCCAGAAAGAUAGCGGCAUCUGUUUAGCUUAUGAAGGGUCCUCCUGUGUCCUGAUGGGAAAAAGCUAUCUAAAUGGAGAGUGUUUCCAGCCCAGUUGUCAGCUGCAAUGUAUCUGCAUGGAUGGGUCCAUUGGCUGCAUUCCCCUUUGCCCUGAUGGGGCACGUCUCCCUCCCCCUGACUAUCCCUUUCACCACUGGGUAAAAGUGCAGAACAAGUGUUGUGAAGGGUGGGUCUGUGAAGGAAGCCAUCAAAAGACCCCUUACGAGAAAGGAAAAAGGUGCCUGCGAAACCCUAAAUCUCAUGAGGCAAUCAACUUUGAGUUCACCGGCUGCACCAGCGUCCACCCCUAUUGGCCAAAAUUCUGUGGCAGCUGCAUAGACAAUUGCUGUUGUACACAACGUAUCACCAGCACAGUGGAAGUUGAAUUUCAAUGCCCAGAGGGAGAGUCAUUUGUCCAGAAAAUGAUGUUCAUCAAAUCUUGCUCUUGCCACUUUGACUGUCCUGCAGAGAACGAUGUCUUUCUGGGCAGUUACCACCGGUCAGUGGUAGAGGACCACUUCAAACUAAAGAAUCAGUAGUGCUGGGUCCUACUCCCACUCUAGAUCCAGAAGGUUGAAAGUAUCUAAAGAUGUAUUUGCUGAUCACAUUUUAGAGAAAGCGGCAAUGAUCUCAAAUGAUCCAAGAGACCAGCAACAUAUAUCUGGCAUGUUGUGUUUUAAGACAGGGCUAAUGUACUUGGUUCUCUACCAAUCACACACAAUCUUGCAAAGGGGGAGAGGCGGUAGCUGGUGAUCGCUUGUUCUGGCUCCCCAUUUUAUGGCUGCUGAAUAAUAAUUUCGGACUAGUCCGUUUUUAGAGGUGCUUCCAUUUCCCACCUUCCAGUCAGAGCUGAAGAAGCUUCUUGGAUGAGAA